ACGAGGGGCCAUGCAGCGGCCCAAUGCCGAGGACAUUCACAAAUUUGGGAUGGACAUUGCCGACUUCAAGAACUUUUUGAGUGCAGGCCUGAGCAAUUUGACUUGCGUCCUGAUGACCAUGGGCCACUUGAGGAAGGACUUUGAAGUCAAUGAGCAGUACUUUAUGAAGGACCUUUGGAGCCAGCACGCGUACAACACUGACCCUGAAUUCCAAGACAAGAUGAUUGAAAGCUACCGACAAUGCCUCGAGUUCUCCCAUUCUGUGCCUCAAUCCAUCUUGGACAAGCAACCCGGAGAGCAUUGGUUUCAGAGGCAAAUUGUGUUCUUCAAGUGCGUCAAGGUCAUGGAGCGGAAGAAUUGUGCCAAGAAGCAGUUGAGUGAUCACAUGGCAGAAUGGUACGGCUAGUUGGACUCGGAGUUGAUAUCGAAGCUCCAAUUACCCGAGGAUCGCUAUGAGGCGGGCUUGCUCACCUUUAAAGUCCUCGCUCAUGGAAAAUCAGACACGGACAAGUUCGUUUACAACUCGAUAUUUGGCAAAUACUGAGGAGAAUGAUAUGUAAUCAUUGAGGCAUUGCAAUACAAUACA